ACACGACAAGGGCGUGGAGAAGCAAUGUUUACGUCCAGCUUGCUCAGAAGUGGGACAUAGUGCAAACUGCACCUGUUACACGGUCCGAUAUAGAGGCACACUGGCAUUCAAAUGAGCCACUGCAAGACAGCAUAUAGGAAGACCACUGUAAGAGCUGCCAUGCUGAGAAGAGGCAGGAACGGCCGGGCUCGGCAUUUGGCUUGGAGUGAAACACGGCAGGAGACAGAUGCCAUGGCAGUGAUCCAGACAUCGGAUGGGGAGGAAUGGGAAGGCCAGACAAUGACACAGAUGAGCGACCUGGAGUCUGAGGUGGAUUACCUGCAGAGUUCACAGACGGUAUCUGAGGUGGUGGCCUUGCCCAGCACGGUGCCAGUGAUAGGGGAGUCUUUCUGCAUGUGCGACCAACAGGAGGAGCUCAGCCCAGGCCUUGGUGUCUCUAGUGACUGCCUCUGUGGGGAGGAGGAUCAGGGCUUUGACUGGGAGUGGGACAAACACUUUAAAUCUUCCGGCGCCUUCCUCAGCUGUGACAACAGGAAGGUGAGCUUUCACUCCGACUACAGCUGUGGCACAGCCGCCAUCCGCGGCACAAAGGAGCUCACAGAUGGCCAACACUUCUGGGAAGUGAAGAUGACCUCUCCUGUCUAUGGAACUGAUAUGAUGGUGGGAAUUGGAACUUCAGAGGUGAACCUGGAGAAGUUCAAAUACAGCUUUGGCAGCCUGCUGGGUCACGAUGAGGACAGCUGGGGGCUCUCCUACACAGGUCACCUCCAGCACAAAGGGGACAAAGUGAAGUUCUCCUCUCGGUUUGGCCAGGGCUCCAUCAUAGGAGUGCACCUGGACACCUGGCACGGCACCCUGACUUUCUACAAGAAUCGGCACUGCAUAGGCGUUGCUGCCACUAGGCUGCAGAACAAGAAGUUGUACCCCAUGGUAUGCUCCACAGCAGCCAAAAGCAGUAUGAAGGUGAUCCGUGCCUGCUAUACACCCACUUCCCUGCAGUACCUUUGCUGUGCCCGGCUCCGCCAAAUGUUGCCCUGCUGCCCUGAUGUGCUUAACACUGUGGACCUGCCCCCAGGCCUGCGCACCGUCCUUCACAAUCAGCUGGGCUGGGUGUUCACCCUCACCAGCAGCCCUGAAGUCUCAGAGCAGCAAAGGGACUCCCCUGAGGAUUUUCACGAGGAGAUGAGCCUGCCUGCGAGUCGUAGCCCCAGCCCCAUCCCGAGCCCAGUAUCCACCCUGAGUGCCUGCGCCUCCCCAAGCCCCUGCACCAGUCCACUUCCUGACACAAUCCCACACCAGUGCUCCUGUCAAAUGUCACCUCAAACUCAAGCCUACACUUGCCAAUGCCCUCCAACCCCUCCCAGCAGCGACUAUGACAGCUGCUGCUCCGAGCCAGAGGAUUAUCAGUGCAAAAGAUGCCGCUGGACAUGACUCAGCAGUCAUAGCGUAUUUGUAAGUGUUUGGCACACAGCUAUAUCAUUCUACCAUUGCCAUCAGCAUCUCCUGUUGUGAAUCAGACAUUGGAUUAAUCUCACUUUUCAGCUAGUAUUUGUUCAUCAGUCAACAUUUGGGGUGGAUUGUUGCUUCACUUUAUUUAGCAAGUUUUUGACCUUCAAACGACUUUGUCAAUAAACUGGGAGAAAGGAGUGACUAUGUAGUGAGUGAGACUAAGUAACUGAGAUGUUUGAGUGACAUUUGGGUCAUUUAUUGGCAUUUUAACCAGUUUCGAUCAUGGGGCUAACGAGAUUUUCAUUUUUGUGUUUCAUUUUUUAAAAUAUGCCAGUCAUCAUCUUUGGAGGGCCUCAUGUUUGCCACAUUAGACUUUGACAAAAACUUAUGCACGCUAUUAUUCUCAGGGACAGACUCUGGGCCAAGGGGGUUGCUUUUUCAAACUGUGGAAAUGAAUUUUUGUAUGCUGAAAUGUGUGUUUUGUAAUAAGCGUAUUGGCUUGAAUAUCACCGGUGGUUGUAUUCUUGCUUACAAAAUGAUUUGUUUUUCUAUUUACAGUCAUGCGUUGUUUUUGAACUUUCUUA